AUGGGGCAAAGUUCUAAAAGCAUCCCACUCCCAACAUUAGCAGUCUCAACUGAAAGUGAGAAGAAGAGGCAAGAUGACAAAGAGGUGUUUGGGAGCAUUCUGAGUAACCUAGAGAAAGGAGGAGGAUUACCCGAGUCUGGGGUUGUGAACCAACCACUACUUACGGAGGAGGUGACGGUGGAAGAGACAGAGGAAGUGGUGGAAGAGAAGACAAGGAGAAGUACUCUGGCCAUAAUGGAUCCUGAGGAAACUACGCAAGUAAAAUCCUAUGAAGGACCCAUUAGAGUCACGUUGGAGGAAGUUGCGGCAGAGAUGCAACCAGAGGUGGUUGAGGAGAACAAGAAGAAAAAGAAGAGCAAAGGAAAGAAGGUUGGAGAAGAUGAACCAUCCCGUCAUCACAAAGCAGAGAAGAAAAUCAAAGAGAAGAAGGAUGAAGAAGAUGAGGAGCCAAUCUAA